UCCCCUCGUUUUUCCUAAAAAACUACUUUGUAAAACCCGUCUAUAAAAGCGGACUUUUUCGUCCGCCCGCUCUUAAAACCGACCCAUCAUGCGAACAUUGCUCACCUUCGUACCACUGCUGGUACUCAGCACCGCUGCCAAAAUACCCCCCAACUUCCACAAGUGCAACCGGAACAGCCCGGAUUUCCAAACCUGUCUGUUACAGUCCGCCAGAAAGGGGAUACUGGAGUUGGUUAGACCCUACCCGGAACUGACCAUCCCCAGCCUGGACCCUUUCGAGCUCCCGGAAGCCACCAUCGGAGGGACCGAGGGACCAGUGAACAUCCAGCAAAAGUUCAAAAAGUGCAAGUUCUACGGACUGCCGAAGUUGCAAGUGGACGAUUUCGAAUUCAGUUUUCAGGAGAAGUGGGCCAAAUUGAGUGGGGUGUUCCCCGAAAUCCAAAUGCUGUGCGACUACGAGAUGAAAGGGCAGGUUUUGGUGGUACCGGUUGAUGGAAAAGGCAACAGCACGAUUAUUCUGAAGAAUGUUAAAGUCUGGGAUGUUCUUUCGUACGAGGAAACGAAGAAGAAGGGGAAGACGUACCCGAGGUUUAAGACCAGUUCGCUGAAGAUUGAUCCGGAGUUGGUGGUUUUUGAUUUUGAGAGUCGGGUUGAUAAGGCUUUCACUGAUAAUCUUAAUUUGGUUUUGAAUGAUAACUGGAAGGCGAUUUUUGGGGAUGUUAAAGGGAGUUAUGAGCAGAUGUUCGACCAGAUUGUCUUGAGUGUGGUUAAUAGUUUUUUCACGAAAGUGACGUUGGAAGAGGCUUUUGAUAGUGCGUGACCACCCAGAAGACCUGGAAGUCAUAAAAUGUGAUACAUUUUUUAAAUAGAUUGUAAAAUUAU